AUGUUAUCUGUUAAAAAUUUAAUAGAUUCAUCUGGACGUGACAAGCGGUAUAACCGCAAAACUGUCAGUCAAAAGUCCUCUAUCUAUCUAUCUAUCUAUCUAGAUCACUUCAUUAUCUAUCUAUCUAUCUAUCUAUCUAUCUGUGACGUCGUCCCCCCUGUUUUCCAAUCAUGCAUGGUGCCACAUAUCUAUCUAUCAAUCUAUCUAUCUAUCUAUAUCACUUCAUUAUCUAUCUAUCUAUUUGUGGGUAGUUUCUCAUUUUGUUUCGUUCUGUUGUCCCUGAUCUCUCUCUCUCUCUCUCUCUCUCUCUCUCUCUCUCUCUCUCCUUUCUAUUUCUUACCGCCUCCUUUCUUUCCUCGAUUCUUCUAUAAGUCGUUUCCCUCUCAUUUUGUAGUUUCUCAUUUUGCUUCGUUCUGUUGUCCCUGCUCUCUCUCUCUCUCUCUCUCUCUCUCUCUCUCUCUCUCUCUCUCUCUAUCUAUCUAUCUAUCUAUUUCCUCCAUCCCACAUAUUUCUCUAUAUGAAUAUAUUUACCGGCUUUUUAUCUUCUCUAUAAUACUAACAUUCUUUCUUUAUAAUCAGUACUUUCUUUCAUUCUUUUUUCUUUUCAGUACCUCUUUCUUUUUUCUUUCUUUAUUAUGUGCACUUUCUUGUUUAACUAUCUAUUUCUCUCUCUCUUCUUUUUUUACCCAACCCUUCUUUCUUUUCUACUUCCUUUCGCACUUUCUUUCUAAUCAAGCAUUUUUAUUCUUAUUUUCUUUCUUUCUUUCUUUCUUUCUUUCUUUCUUUCAUUCUUUAUUAUCAGUACAUACUGACUUUCUUUUUUACUCAGUAUUUAGUUCUUUUUCUUUAUUAUCUACACUUUUUUCUCUCUUUCUUUCUUAUCUAGAAAGUCUCCCUUUUCUUUUUUGCUGUCUUUCUUAUCCUGUAUUUUCUUUCUUUCUUUCUUUUCUUUUCUUUAUCUUUCUUUAUUAUCAGUACUUUCUUCUCGCUUUUUUAUUUGAAAUAUUUCCCUUUCUUUCUUUCUUUCUUUCUUUCUUUCUUUCUUUCUUUCUUUCUUUCUUUCUUUCUUAUCAGUAUAUACUGUUAUUCUUUUUACCCAGUAUUUUAAUCAGUAUCUCUCUUUCUUUCUUAUCCAAAAUAUUACCGUCAUUUUCUUUCUUUUUUUUCUCGUCCAUUAUUUUGUUUUUAUUUUUAUUUAUUUAUUUUUUUCUUUCUUUUUUUCUUUCUUAUCGAGUAUUUUCUUCUUCCUUCAUUUCUUUGUUAUCCAGUAUUUUCUUCUUCCUUUCUUUCUUUCUUUCUUUCUUAAUUUCUCUCUUAUCAGUAUAUAUUGUCAUUCUUUUUACCCACGUUUCCUUUUCUUUCUUUCUUUCUUCCUUUCUUUCUUUAUUUAUUUAUUUAUUUAUUAUCGAGUUUUCAUUCUUUCUUUCUUAUCUAGUAUUUUCUUCUGCUUUUCUUUCUCUGAUUCUUUCUUCCUUCCUUUUUUCUUUCUUAUCUAGUAUUCUGUCUUUCUUUCUUUAUUUAUUUAUUUCUUUCUUCAUGUCACUUGUUCUGUCUUUUUUCUUUUUUUCUUCACUCUUUUUAUUCAUUUACGAUAUCUUCUAA